AAUGUCAACGCCAGACCGUGCAAAUCUUAUAAGUUGAAUUUAACCUAAAUACAAUAUUAUUUUUAAGCACUAUUUAAAAAUGGAGUUAAAUGAAAGAAUUUUGAAAUACUUAGAAGGGUGUGAUAAAGUUGACACUUUGAAAUUAGCUAGUGAAUUCAAUGAAGACCAUCAAAAAAUCGUGGGUGCAGUGAAAAGUGUUGAGGCACUCGAAAUGGUUGUUUCGGAGCCUGUAAAAAGUACAAAAUGGGAAUUAACUGAAGAGGGUAAGCUUGUCGCUGAGAAGGGCAGCCACGAAGCCGUCUUGUAUAGGAGUAUUCCUGAAAAUGGGAUCGCUCAAGCUGAAGUUAUGAAGACUGUACCAAACGCAAAAGUAGGUUUUAGCAAAGCCAUGUCAUUAGGUUGGAUAUACAUUGACAAAUCUGGAGCACCACUAGUUAAACGGAAAGUGGAGACCAUCACAGACACAGUCCAAGACCAUCUUAAUGAGAUAAAGAAGGGCAUAGACAACUUACCCGACAAUGUUAGAAAUGAUUACAAAAAACGAAAGCUCCUGCAAGAGAUCACUAUAAAGAGCUUCUUAUUAUCAAAGGGACCACAAUUUGCGACAUCCAUCAAGAAACUAGAGACUGAUCUGACAAGUGAUAUGCUGUUGACCGGAUCUUGGAAACACUUGGAAUUCAAACCUUACAAUUUCUCAGCACUAGGUCAACCACCCGAAUGUGGUCACUUACAUCCCCUACUUAAAGUACGAUCAGAGUUCCGUGAAAUUUUCCUGGAAAUGGGAUUCACAGAAAUGCCAACCAAUCAAUACAUAGAGAGUUCUUUCUGGAACUUCGAUGCGUUGUUCCAACCUCAACAACACCCAGCGAGGGAUGCUCACGAUACGUUCUUUAUAUCCUCACCGGCUGUGUCUACUAAGUUCCCUAUGGAUUAUCUAGAAAGGGUCAAGAAAGUUCACAGUGUUGGUGGUUAUGGGUCUCAGGGUUACAAGUACGACUGGAAGCUAGAAGAGGCUCAGAAGAACCUGCUCCGGACACACACGACGGCGGUCAGCGCUCGUAUGCUUUAUGCCCUCGCUCAGAAGGGCUUCCAGCCUCAAAAGUACUUCAGUAUAGAUAAGGUGUUCCGCAAUGAAACCCUAGACGCGACCCAUCUAGCCGAGUUUCAUCAAGUGGAAGGAGUGGUGGCCGACCGAGGGUUAGGACUGGCAGAUCUAAUCAGUACUUUGGACGCGUUCUUCAGCCGCUUGGGAUUCCAUAAACUACAGUUCAAACCCGCCUACAACCCUUACACUGAACCCAGUAUGGAGAUCUUUGCGUAUCACGAAGGUCUCGGAAAAUGGAUUGAAAUCGGUAACUCGGGAGUAUUCAGACCGGAAAUGCUGUUACCAAUGGGUCUUCCCGAAGACGUGAACGUGAUUGCUUGGGGACUUUCUCUUGAAAGACCAACCAUGAUUAAGUAUGGAUUGAACAAUAUUAGGGACCUUGUGGGACCCAAGGUGGAUCUACAAAUGGUCCAAAAUAACCCCAUCUGUAGGCUUGAUAAGUGAACAAUAUAUAUUUAUUAGAACUGAAA